GACAUUCACAGUCAAACGCAAUCACGCCGAGACAACGCCCUCGUUGUUUGUCUCAACAAAUUUCUAGGAAAUAUUUCUAGACAGGAAUCAGGCUUGCCUGUGCCUGAAGCUAUGGGCGAUUUAUACGGCGACGACGACAAUGGGAAUCGCGCUUUCCAAGCAUUCAAUAGCCGCCGAUCUGCUUUCGAGAACAACGCAACGGCCAUAGGUUCCCAGGUGCUCACGGCUCUCCUUGGGGUUUAUAUUGUGUUUAAGGUUUUGGAAUUCUUUGGAUAUCCAGUCUGGCUCAUGGCGACCUCGUGGUUUGGCUCAUUCCUACGCGCGGCGCAAACAUCGCCAGAAACUACGGCUGCAGAGGAACCGCCGACUACAGUCAUGCAAAAGGGAGGGCAUAUUUUUAGAAAGGUGUUUGGCCUGAACAGCACAAGUCUGUUGCAACAGGGAGUACGAGGAGUGGCAGGCCUAUCUGGAGGCGUGGGGUCUAGCCGUCCGCCAGGACUGGGCAACUGGGAUAACUCAUGUUUCCAGAACAGUGUCAUACAGGGCCUCUCUGCGCUACCUUCCCUUCGCGAAUACCUAUCAAAAACAACCUCCGAAAACCGAUCCUUCAAUAUCGAUACCACCAACGGCGCGCUUUUCGAUAUUAUUUCUAAACUAGGAGAUCCGAACCAUCCCGGUGGCUGUUUCUGGAUACGAGGGAAGCUGAAGAGUAUGAGCACAUUCCAGCAGCAAGACGCCCAAGAAUACUAUUCCAAGAUCAUGGACGCGUUGGAUAAAGAGGUAAAAGCUGCGUCUGGGGAUAAAAAGAAAUCGAGCGCAUCUUUGCUGGAGGCUACAAAGAGCUUGGGAACCCCACUAAAAGCCGGUAUGGAUGUGAAUAUGGACCCCGAUUCCAAACAAGAAGGCGAAGAAGAAAAUCAGUCUUCGGAGCAACCUGCCGUGCUGCCUAAUCCUUUGGACGGGUUACUUGCGCAGCGAGUCGGAUGCAUAAAAUGUGGAUAUUCGGAAGGCCUCCAACUGAUUCCCUUCAAUUGCUUGACUGUCUCAUUGGGAAACGGGAGCAUGUACGAUAUCCGGGACUGCUUAACUUCGUACACGGAACUGGAACACAUCGAAGGCGUUGAGUGCGCCAAAUGUACUUUGCUUAAGAACAGGGACGCUCUCUCCAAGGUUGCAGCGACAAACGAAGCAUUCAAAAAGAGACUUGCGCAAGUCGAAGAAGCGUUGGAAGAUGAUGAUUUUAACGAUAAAACACUCGUCAAGAAAUUCAACAUCCCAAAGAAGAAUUGGGCGACAACUACGAAAUCCCGACAAGCGGUCAUUGCGCGUGCUCCAAAAGCUCUCGUUAUGCAUGUCAAUCGCAGCAUUUUCAACGAGUGGACUGGUCAGCUACAAAAGAACGACGCGGCGGUGUUGUAUCCGCACAUUCUUGACCUGGGAAACUGGUGUUUGGGUACAAAUCCAAGCGAAACUAAUGCGCCUGACGAUGCGGUUGAAGAAUGGCCGAGAGAUCCAGUCAAAUCGAUGUUGGGAGAUCCCAAUGCUGAACCUAUUACGGACUCACCGUUCCAAUACCGACUCAGAGCUGCAGUGACACACUUUGGUACUCACGGAAGUGGACAUUAUGUUUGUUUCCGGCCACACCCAAAGAGGCGUGAUGAUGCAGAGGAUCAAUCCGGAAAAGCUGACGAGGCAAACGUGGAAGAACAGUGGUGGCGUUUUAGCGAUGAAUCGGUUUACGCAGUGGCGGAAGAACAAGCACACCAGGGCAAUGUGUUCAUGCUCUUCUAUGAACGCAUCGCGGAGCCUAUGGCGCUUGAUGAAAUACCUGCAGCGUCUCCAAAUGCCGCCACAAUCCCCGCAGACCUACCUUUACCUCCAGUCAACGCCGACCCUGCGUAUACCGCUCUGGAUGAUACAGCCAUCCAGACUCCUCUACCAGAGGACUCUGAUGCCGAAUCCCUUACUGAGCUCUCAGGGUCCGAGCCCUUGACACCGCCCACUAUCGCAGAAACUCCCACUCGUUCGACAUCGGCCACGCUGCCUCCAUAUAACCACGUGAGUGGUCGCGCUACGUACCCUACACCACCUCCCGAGCAAUCUCCUACCGCCCCUUCCGAGGCCGAUUCCGAGGAUACCCAAGAUACGCAAUCUACGAUGCUCACCUCAGAGGACGAGACUCCGGUUCCACCAAUUGACACGGCACAUCUAAAAGCCUCCCACAGUCCGCACCACAUGCGUACAGCAGGCAAUACGCCGGGAAGACGGGGACAGAGGAGGAGUUUACCGAUGGUAUCAGCACUAUAG